CAACCAAAACCUAGACUUCGAUUCACACCUUUUCAAUUCAAGUCUUAAUAUAAUCAAUUAGAUUAGUGAAGAAGCAACCGUCACCGCCAUCUUCAUUCUAACCCCACCUGUCCUCUCUUUUUCUCUCUCAAUCAAUUACUCUAGACCCUUCUGGUCUUUUCUAUCGAACCACGAAAUAGAUUGAAACAUGUCGAGUAAUGAAGAGACGGAUGAUUAUCAAUCGAAUGGGCAUCGGUUUCAAAACGUGAAGCAGAGGUUUAAGGAUCGAUCCAGGAAAGUUGCUCAAACUAAGGAAAAAACGAAGGAGAUCUUGUCGAAACAAGCUAUUAAAAUCGCUAAACAAGCUGAAGAACAUGAAAGGUUUAUCACCAAGGUUACUCAUUUUAUGGGUGUCUUUGGAUUUGGGGGAUUUUGCUUUAUUUUGGGUGCAAGGCCACAAGAUAUCCGAUACGUGUACUGUUUGAUCUAUAUCACCUUUGUUCCACUUAGGUGGAUUUACUAUCGCUACAAGAAAUGGCAUUAUUACCUUCUCGAUUUCUGCUAUUAUGCCAACACCAUCUUCUUGAUCAUGCUUUUGUUUUUUCCUAAAAACGAAAAGCUUUUUAUGGUUUGCUUCUCGUUUGCAGAGGGACCACUAGCAUGGGCAUUAAUCGUUUGGCGUUGUAGCUUAGUGUUUAGUUCCAUGGACAAGCUUGUAAGCGUCCUUAUACAUCUUUUACCAGGGGUGGUGUUCUUUACUAUUCGAUGGUGGGACCCAGCCUUCUUUGAAGCUAUGCAUCCAGAAGGAACGGCUCGAAGAGCUUCAUGGCCCUAUGUUGGAAGCAAAUCUUUCCUAUGGACAUGGUUGUUUACGGUCCCAUUGAUUGCUUACAGCCUCUGGCAAGCUCUUUAUUUUCUCAUAGUCGAUGUCCUUCGUCGACAAAGGCUCUUAAGGGAUCCCGAAGUCAUGACCUCUUACAGGGAACUCUCUAAAAAGGCACAAAAAGCAAACAACUUGUGGUGGCGAUUAAGCGGUUUGCUUGGAGAUCAGAACCGUCUGUUUAUGUACAUCUUGUUGCAAGCCCUUUUCACGGUUGCAACAAUGGCGCUUACGGUCCCGAUAUUUCUGUCGUACGAACUUCAUCUUGCUUUCCAAAUGCUCAAAGUUUCGGCAACCGUAUGGAACGGAGGUCAGUUCUUGUUAGAAGUCAUGCCGAGACAAGUUGUUCUGAAAGAGAAGAAGAAACAGAAGCCGGUGGUAGAAGAAAAUCACGAACAAGAACCAAAUCAUGAAACUUCGGCCGAGGUGACUUGCGUCUCUGAUUUGCAGUCUUAGCGUAGGCAACAUGUAUGACAUGAAAACCGAACAUCGUUUUUCGAUAUCGUAUCAAUCAGUUUAGUA